AACUCCCUCUGGGACACCACAACCAUCUCCUACAUGGGAUGUGCUGCACAGGUUUUUCUACUCAUAUUCUUUCUUAGAGCAGAGUUUUAUCUCCUGACCAUCAUGUGCUAUGACCGCUACGUUGCCAUCUGCAAACCCCUGCACUACGGGACCCUCCUGGGCAGCAGAGCUUGUGCCCACAUGGCAGCAGCUGCCUGGGCCACUGGAUUUCUCAAUGCUCUGCUGCACACAGCCAAUACAUUUUCCCUACCCCUGUGCCAGGGCAAUGCCCUAGGUCAGUUCUUCUGUGAACUCCCACACAUCCUCAAGCUCUCCUGCUCACACUCAGGCUACCUCAGGGAAAUUGGGCUUCUUAUGGUUAGUGCCUGUUUAGUGUUCAGUUGUUUCAUUUUCAUUGUUUUCUCCUAUGUGCAGAUCUUCAAGGCUGAGCUGAGGAUCCCCUCUCAGCAGGGACGGCACAAAGCCUUUUCCACCUGCCUCCCUCACCUGGCUGUGGUCUCCCUGUUUGUCAGCACUGCCGUGUUUUCCUACCUGAAGCCCCCCUCCAUCUCCUCCCCAUCCCUGGAUCUGGCCCUGUCAGUUCUGUACUCGGUGGUGCCUCCAGCACUGAACCCCUUCAUCUACAGCCUCAGGAAUCAGCAGAUCAAGGAUACCCUGAGAAACAUGAUGACUGGAUGCUUUUCAGGAGCAAUAAAGUGCCUGUUUUGUGGUUCAUAG